UCUCCUUUUCUCUCACUUCUUCUCUUUCCUCUUCCUCCCCCAAUCUCUCUAAUACUUUCUCCCUCUGCAACAUCAACCUGAAUAACCAAUCAUGCGGGCAACGGACAACCAAGGUUCGUUCCUGAACCGAAUCAGCAUUCGCCGGAAUCAGGUUGUCUCCAUGGACGGCAACCACGAGCAAGAGCUUGACGACCUCGAACUCUUCCAAAAACACGUCUCCGAUCGCUUUUCCGAUCUCCUACCCCCUUCCGCAACCGCCGAUCCUUCUCCGGACUCUCCCAGACCCGAUACCCUCCUCUCCAUUUCCUGGUUCCGCAAACUCCUUGACGCAUUCCUCUGCUGCGAGGCCGAGUUCAAGGCCGUCCUCAUCAUGGGUCGCGACCCAUCUCAAUUUUCCAAACCCCCUCUCGAUCGUCUCAUCCAUGAACUCCUCGACCGGACCGUCAAGGCCCUCGAUAUCUGCAAUGCAAUCACUGACGGCCUCGAUCUCGUCCGUCAGUGGCAAAAGCUGGCUCAAAUAGCCGUAACUGCGUUUGAGCAACAACCCAUCGCAGAAGGCCAUGUCCGACGCGCCAAAAAAGCCUUGAACACGUUACUAACGUCCAUGAAUUUGGACGAUAAAGAGAGCGCCUAUGGUAAGUCGACGGAGAGGACGUGGUCGUUUGGGCGGCGAGGUGGUGGCUCCUCCGUGAAUGCAAAGGACCGUACCGCCGGAACCUUCCGCCCUUUGUCGUGGACAGUGGCGAAAUCUUGGUCGUCUGCUAAACAGAUUCAAGCCAUGUCUUCCAAUCUGGUGGCUCCACGUGGAGGCGAGCCGACCGGGUUGGCUUUGCCGGUUUAUAUUAUGAACACGGCGUUGGUGUUUGUGAUGUGGGCUUUGGUGGCGGCGAUACCUUGUCAAGAACGGACUGGGCUGGCCACUCAUUUUCCGGUGCCAAGACAAUUAGGGUGGGCCCAAGCGAUUAUUGGGUUACAGGAGAAGAUAGGAGAGGAGUGGAAGAAGAAGGAGAAGAAAGGGACAGCCGGGUUGUUGGAGGAGAUGCAGAGGAUGGAGAAGGUGGCCCAGUGGCUGGUGGAUUUUGCGGAGGCAUUUCAGUAUCCGAUAGAGGAGGAGAAGGUGGACGAGGUGGCAGUGCAGGUGGCCGAAUUGGCGGAGAUUUGUCGUAAGAUGGAGGAAGGUUUGGUGCCACUCCAACAACAGGUUAGGGAGGUGUUUCAUAGGAUUGUGAGGAGCAGGGCUGAGGUUCUCGAUGUAAUUGACCAAGUUGGUAAGUCAUCAGCACCGGUUCCGUAUUGAGACCUGAGAGAGGCAUAAGAAUCGAAAUUCCAUAUAUAGCUCCGCCCGACCAACUACCACUGGUCUUUGGCCGGAGGGGUUUAUUACACAAAAACACAAGGACGCAGGCUCCUAAAGAGGGAAGUCCAACCGAUGUCAGAUGC